AUUUUUUACUGCAAUAGACCCAAGACGACGUGAACAUCUUUUGUGUGGUUGAAAACUGCAUUUAAAAACAAGUGACUCACUUUAAAGAUCAACAUAAACAUUUGCCAAAACCGUUAACAAGUGUAUUGCAUGUUUAAUGAGCGCUGCAAGGCAACUCUGUGUGCUACCACGAAAAUAUAAUGAGCCAGGCACUCAAUGAAUCGUCGCAUAGUAUAGGCUCAGACGAACAAGAUGACACACGCGAAGAUGCCAGUGGUAGUGGCAGCGGAAGUGGCAGUGGCUCCUCUGGUUCCGACUCUGAUUCGGACAGUUCCUCAGGUAAUUCAAGUGAUGGACGCAGCUCCCCGGAGCCGACAGUUACCAAACCAACGGUGGCUAGUCUUCCACCAACAGCAUUGGCCGCUCAAGCGGAUAAUAAAACAACAACAAAUGGCUUUACGGAUGGUCAUGAGGACGAGAGUUCCAGCGGCGAUUCCAGUACCAGUGACUCCGACUCUGAGGCAGAGGUUGGAGGCGAACCUGUCAGAACAAAUAACAACAAUAGUAAAUUACACACGAGCAAUAGCAGCAGCUCCUCCGGCACCUCGGCUGCAACACUGCCUAAAGCAGCCGAUGAGGAUGAGGAUGAUGAUGACGAUGAGGAAGAUGAGGAUGAUGAUGAGCAGCAGCAUUUGCCGCAACAAGCACAAUUACAGGCACAGGCAGCCUCGGGCAGCGAAGCAAGUGCCGAUGAAGAUGCCAGUGAAAGUUCUGCCAAUGCAUCGCCCUCGUCCUCCAGCAGUAGUAGCAGCAGCGAGGAUGAAGAGGAUGAUUACAGACCUAAGCGAUCCACGCGACAACCGCGCAAAGCGCCGCCAGCUUCGGCUGAUAAGUCAAAACGCCCUCAGCCUGUUAAAAAGAAGAAGAAGCAAAACUGGGACUCUGAUGAGAGUGAUGAAAGCGAUGACGCUGACAGCGAUGAGGCGCCGUUUGCCGGACAAAAGCGGAAGUGCAAUGCCCGCUCUGGCGGCUCCAAACAGUCACAACAGCAGCAGCGCCGGCGCGUAAAGUCAUUCAGCUCAGAGGAUAGUGACGAUGAUGAUCCCAGCAAACGCAGUUGUGCCACGCGUCGCACCGCCGCCGCAGUUAGUUACAAAGAGGCUUCUGAGGAUGAAGCCACAGACUCUGAGGAUCUACUGGAGCUCGAGUAUGAUGAGACGCAAGUGGCGGCAAAUGCAGCUGCCGCUGAGGAGGAGGAGAAAUGCGAGACUAUCGAACGCAUUUUAGCGCAGCGCGUUGGCAAAAAAGCCUGCACUGGAAAUCAGACAACUAUAUACGCCAUUGAGGAAAACGGUUGCGACCCAAAUGAAGGCAUUGAUGACUCAUCAGAAUCUGAGGUACAAUACCUCAUUAAAUGGAAGGGUUGGAGCUACAUACACAAUACCUGGGAGUCGGAGAUUACGCUGCGUGAAAUGAAGGCAAAAGGUAUGAAAAAACUGGAUAAUUUCAUUAAGAAAGAAGAGGAAACGGCUUGCUGGCGUCGAUAUGCUGGACCCGAGGAUAUCGAUUACUUUGAGUGUCAGUUGGAGUUGCAGCACGAUUUGUUGAAAUCGUACAACAAUGUGGAUCGCAUCAUUGCACGCGGCACCAAACCCGACGAUGGCAGCGAAGAGUAUCUAUGCAAAUGGCAAUCAUUACCAUAUGCGGAGUCCACAUGGGAGGACGCAACACUUGUGCUACGCAAAUGGCUACGCUGUGUGGAGCAGUUUACCGACAGAGAAAGUUCCAAGUGUACGCCAUCGCGGCACUGCCGUGUGAUUAAGUAUCGCCCGAAGUUCUCACGUAUCAAGGGGCAACCGGAGUUUCUGGUGGAAGGUUUAACAUUGCGGGACUAUCAAAUGGAUGGUCUCAACUGGCUGUUGCACUCGUGGUGCAAGGAAAAUUCGGUGAUUCUGGCCGAUGAAAUGGGUCUUGGAAAGACCAUACAAACAAUAUGUUUUCUUUAUGCACUCUUUAAGCUGCAUCAUCUAUAUGGUCCUUUUCUGUGCGUGGUUCCGCUUAGUACAAUGACCGCCUGGCAGCGGGAAUUCGAUCUGUGGGCACCCGACAUGAAUGUCGUUACGUAUCUAGGCGAUGUGAAGUCCCGUGAGCUAAUACAGCAGUAUGAGUGGCAGUUCGAGGGCUCAAAAAGACUGAAAUUCAAUUGCAUACUGACUACCUACGAGAUAGUCUUGAAGGAUAAACAAUUUCUGGGUACGCUACAGUGGGCAGCUUUGCUCGUGGAUGAAGCGCAUCGCCUAAAAAACGAUGAUUCGCUACUCUAUAAGUCACUCAAGGAGUUCGAUACUAAUCAUCGUCUGCUGAUUACGGGAACACCACUGCAAAACUCACUAAAGGAAUUGUGGGCUCUACUGCACUUCAUAAUGCCCGAAAAAUUCGAUACUUGGGAAAACUUUGAGGUGCAACAUGGCAAUGCCGAGGACAAGGGGUAUACUCGUCUGCAUCAGCAGUUAGAGCCAUAUAUUCUGAGGCGCGUAAAGAAAGAUGUGGAGAAAUCGUUACCUGCCAAAGUUGAGCAAAUUUUACGUGUUGAGAUGACAUCAUUGCAGAAACAGUAUUAUAAGUGGAUACUCACCAAAAAUUUCGAUGCCCUGCGCAAGGGAAAACGCGGAUCCACCUCCACUUUUCUAAAUAUUGUAAUUGAGCUGAAGAAGUGCUGCAAUCAUGCUGCCCUUAUACGACCCUCAGAGUUUGAGUUGCUCGGUCUGCAGCAGGAUGAAGCGCUACAGAUGCUGCUCAAGGGCUCUGGCAAGCUGGUGCUGUUGGAUAAACUGUUGUGUCGCCUUAAGGAGACUGGCCAUCGAGUGCUUAUUUUCUCACAGAUGGUGCGUAUGCUUGACGUACUAGCUGAUUAUCUGCAGAAACGCCACUUUUCAUUUCAACGCUUGGAUGGCAGUAUUAAAGGGGAGAUGAGACGCCAGGCAUUGGAUCACUUUAACGCCGAGGGUAGUCAGGAUUUUUGCUUUCUGCUAUCGACACGUGCAGGUGGUUUAGGUAUUAAUUUGGCCACUGCAGAUACAGUCAUUAUAUUCGAUUCGGAUUGGAAUCCACAGAAUGACUUGCAGGCGCAGGCGCGUGCCCAUCGCAUUGGCCAAAAGAAUCAAGUAAACAUAUAUCGUCUUGUAACUGCCCGAUCGGUUGAGGAACAAAUUGUCGAGCGAGCCAAACAAAAAAUGGUCCUUGAUCAUUUAGUAAUACAACGUAUGGAUACCACGGGUAGAACAGUUCUUGAUAAGAGCGGCAAUGGUCAUUCGUCAAACUCAAAUCCGUUUAACAAAGAUGACUUGUCAGCCAUUCUCAAAUUCGGAGCCGAGGAACUUUUCAAAGACGAGCAGGAGCAUGAGGAAGAGCUUGUUUGCGAUAUUGAUGAAAUUCUGCGCCGUGCUGAGACUCGCAACGAAGAUCCUGAAAUGCCUGGUGAUGAUUUACUUUCUGCGUUCAAGGUGGCCAGUAUCGCUGCUUUUCAAGAGGAUGAGCCAAGCGAAUCGACGAGUAAAGAUCAACAGGCUAAUGACGAGGAGGACGACAGCAAAGACUGGGACGAUAUAAUACCUGAAGGCUUUCGAAAGGUUAUUGAGGAUCAGGAACGCGCCAAAGAAAUGGAGGACUUGUACCUGCCGCCGCGUCGCAAAACGACUGCGGCUAAUAAAAACGAUGCUGGAAAACGAGGUCUGGCUAAGGGUGCCGCACGCUCCAAGGGUGAUGAUUCUGCCGAUUCAGACUAUGAGCUAGGUUCAGAUGCCAGUGGCGGUGGCGGCGAAGAUGGCAGCAGACAACGGAAGCGUGGUCGUCCAGCAAUGAAGGAGAAAAUUGUUGGUUUUAGUGAUGCCGAGCUGCGUCGCUUCAUUCGCAGUUACAAGAAGUUUCCUGCGCCGUUGAUGCGUCUGGAGGCAAUUGCCUGUGAUGCAGAACUGCAAGAGAAGCCACUGGCUGAACUGAAGCGUAUUGGUGAGAUGCUGCACGAUCGUUGCGUACAGUUCCUUAACGAACACAAGGAGGAAGAAACCAAGACUGUAAAGGAAGAAGAGCUGCAGCAGCAAGGCAACAAGCAGCGACGACCACGCGCGACCUACUCGAUCAAACUGGGAGGCGUUUCAUUCAAUGCCAAAACCCUGCUUUCUUGCGAGGAGGAGUUGCAGCCACUUAAUGAGCUAAUGCCCAGUUCAGCGCAGGAACGACAACAAUGGGUAUUUAAUAUAAAAACCCGUUCACCCAAUUUCGAUGUAGACUGGGGCACUGAAGAGGAUACCGCUUUGCUGCGUGGAAUUUAUCAAUAUGGAAUUGGUUCCUGGGAACAGAUGAAACUGGAUCCAACGCUUAAGCUCAGUGAAAAAAUACUGCUCAAUGACACACGUAAGCCGCAAACCAAGCACUUGCAAUCCAGAGCAGAAUACCUGCUGAAGAUCAUCAAAAAGAAUGUGGAACUGACUAAAGGUGACCAAAGACGUCAACGUCGUCCGCGUAAAAUGAAAACAAGCGUUAGCUUGAACACGACAGCGGUCAGCACGCCAGAGCGUAAAGAUGGCACCAUUGACGAUGGCAGUUCCACGUUACCUGGCGAAAACAGUUCCAGAACCGCAGCAGAUGGUGCCAGCCUCGUUGCCUCCCCAGUCGCAUCUUCUGCAACGGCGGAACAUACCAGUGGGCAAAAGAAGAAAAAAUCAAAGACGCGGAGCAAGAAAACGAGCGCUUCGGACAAUAAUGGCAACAAACCAAUGCACUUUACAGCCAAUAAUGAGCCACGAGCCUUGGAAGUUCUGGGCGAUUUAGAUCCAAGUAUCUUCAAUGAAUGCAAGGAAAAAAUGCGACCGGUUAAAAAAGCUUUGAAGGCUUUAGAUCAGCCCGAUCUCAGCCUGUCGCAACAGGAUCAGUUGCAGCAGACACGCGACUGUCUAUUGCAAAUUGGACGUCAAAUUGACGUAUGCUUGCAACCUUAUGGGGAAUCGGAGAAGAAGGAAUGGCGUAGCAAUUUGUGGUAUUUUGUGUCCAAAUUCACAGAGCUGGAUGCAAAGCGUCUAUUUAAGAUUUACAAGCAUGCACUAAAACAACAGACGCAGCCGGAAACUCCAAAGGAUACAACAAAUUCAAUAAGCCCUGAAAGUGGACGUUCUAGACGUUCACGGGCAGAAAACGGUACCACUGUUGAUAAGGAGAAGGAACGAGACAAGAGCGGUAAAAAAAAGAAAAAGGACAAAGAUAAAGAGCGCGAGUCACGCUACUCUGGUGCUGGCUGUGACGAUAAAUCAAAUCGUCGCUUCACCAACGAGUCGCCAAUGAAAAGGAAGCGCGAUGAGAACGAUGCUGAAGCCAGCAGCUUGGGCAUGACCAACACUGGCAUCAGCGACAACCUCAAAUCUAUGUCUUUUAAGCGGCUUAACAUGGAUGCAGCUACAUCGUCGCGGCACGGUAGUCACGAAGAUCAGCGCAAAAAACAUCAUAGAGGCGACGAUUACUAUGUUAGCGCAGGUGGUGGAGCUCCUAGUGGAUAUGAAGGAAAUAGUGCUCGACGUGGAGGACCUAAUUCGCCAUCGGGUAUAGGCAGCAGUCGGCGUUUUGAUCAACAACCAGUGCCAACAGGUUAUUCUUCCGAAAUGGAUCGUUGGCAUACUCGUGAUCGCUACAACUUUGAUUACAAAAGGGAGCGAUAUGAUACAUUGUACCAGCGCAGUGGAGGAGGUGGUAGUGCUGCCGGUAGUGGUUAUCAUCGUGAUCAUCGCGAACGCGAUCGUGAGCGACGGCCUGACAAGCGUAGAUACCCUUCCGCCCUACCGCCACAUGCAUACUCAAGCCAUUACCUGCCGCCCAAUUAUUAUUUGCCGAACAAUAUGGUGCCUGGACUGCCGCCGCCGCCUCAAGGAUAUCGUGGAGAACCGCGUCCAUAUCCUGUGAUGCCUCGUGACUAUCCUCCUGAUUAUAGACGCAGCGAAUAUGAACGUCGCACGCAGACGUGAGGAGCAUCUGUUGCCAGAAAUUGUAUAUACAGACAUAUAGGUUAGUUUUAAGUUUGGCUGUGGUGUCUUGUGUCAGACGCUACUAAUCUUUCCGUAACGAUCUUGGCACAAUGCAUGAGCAACAUUUACACACACUCAUACACACAAGAUACAAUAAAUAACACGACACAGAACAACAAACAUAUACAGUUUAGGUAUAAUAAUACAUAUAUAGCUAAACAUAUGUGCAAGUAAUAUAUAGCAGCUAUUUAUAAAUUGAACUGUAAAUUUAAAUUAUAUAUAAACCGUAUAUUUUGUUCAUGGGGGCGUUUCAGGCGCUCAACCAAAAGAGAUCGAAACAACACAAAUUACGUAAAGUAGGUAAUUUUACAAUUUCCCUUGUAUAAACCGUAGUUUUAGGUUUUGUUCAUGCCAAUUUUUAUACUGUACAGAAAAUUACCGGCGAAUGCCAAUUUAAUAAGUCUUUUGAAAGCUUUUAAAAUAACAACAAAUUCUCACUAAAUUAAUAAACGCAAACAAUGAAUGAUUCGAUUAUGUUUAAAUAUUAAACAAAGAAAAAAUAAAUAUAAAUUAAAUGAAAGAAAAUAUAAGAAUUCGUUUCUAUGUCUGUGCUUGAGCACUUUUAUAUACCAUAUAUAGAGUUACAGCCCUGGGAGACGAGUAUGUAAAUUAGCUAAUAUUAAUAUGUAGAAAUAAGUAUAUAUAACAUAUGUUGUAGUAUCUGAAGUCUAUAAAUAUGUAUGUAUA